AUGGCUUCAUCUAGCCCAGCUCCUCCUGCCUGUGUGGCGAACGUUCUCGAUGCCAAAUGCUUCUUCAUCACCAAACUCACGCCCGAUAUCCGCCAGAAAAUCUACAGACACCUCUUCCCCAUCUUGCGAACGUUGUCAGCGGCAACACGCCCACCUCUCAUCGCCCAAAUCUGCCAGCUGCUACGUGACGAGGCUCUGGGGAUCUGGCGCGCGCAGAAUAAAUUCGUGGUUCGAUACAGCGACAACGGUGAUAGACCUAGCUUCGGCGCACUUGCUAGGCUAUUGAGGAAGAGUCGCUUGAAGGACAUUACCAACUUGAUCUUGUUCGACGACCUUAUGGUCCGUUGCGGCAAUGGCUGCACCAUCCGCACGACUUUAUCUCUGAGCGGCAAUUCCUACACCAUCGACAUCGAUGGUACGUGCGUAUGCGAUAAGGCCUAA